AUGUCUGAAUGUGAAAUAGAAGCAGCUAUUCUCAAACAUUAUGAAAUACUAAAGCGUCUUGGAAAAGGGGCUUAUGGUAUAGUGUGGCGCGCAAGAAACAAAAAGAAUGGUGCUACUGUCGCCCUGAAAAAAAUUUUCGAUGCUUUCAGAAAUCAAACAGACGCACAGAGAACGUUUAGAGAGAUAACAUUUUUACAAGAGUUUGCUGGACAUCCGAACAUAAUAAGACUUUUAAAUGUGAUCAAGGCGGACAAUAAUAAAGAUAUUUACCUGGUAUUCGAAAACAUGGAAUCUGAUCUACACAAAUGCAUACGAAAAGGAGAUGUUUUAAAAGAUGUGCAUAAAAAAUACAUUUUUUACCAACUCUUGCGUGCGGUAAAAUUUAUUCACUCUGCGAAUGUUAUUCAUCGGGAUUUGAAGCCCUCAAACGUCCUACUCAACUCCGAUUGCUUGGUUAAAGUUUGUGACUUUGGCCUGACACGCUCACUUACCGGGAUUGAUGCUCCGUUAAACGGCGGUGAUCCGGAAUUGACGGAAUACGUUGCCACAAGAUGGUAUCGUGCCCCGGAAAUCCUUCUUGCAUCUAGUCGAUAUACAAAAUUUGUGGACAUGUGGAGUCUCGGUUGCAUUUUGGGCGAAAUGUUGUCCGGUAAACCCUUGUUUCCUGGGACUUCAACAAUUAAUCAAAUUGAACGAAUCGUGUCUGUUGUUGAUAUGCCUUCAGAUCAAGAUGUGGCCAGUCUCCAGUCGGAAUACGGAAGAUCUAUCCUCGAUAAAGCACUCCAGAAACCGAGAGGACGUAUGGAAGCAUUUUUCUCAUCCGAUGUGGAUCAACAUGCUGUGGAUUUGGUAAAAAAGUUUCUAGUUCUCAAUCCAUCCAAACGACUGACUGUCGAACAAGCUCUGAGUCAUCACUAUGUGAAAAAAUUUCGAGAUCCGAAAAGUGAAAUUGUCAUGGAUCAUCCGGUCACACCGGUACUCCGAGAUGAUCAACAACUGAGCGUGUCAGACUAUCGGGAAAAAUUGUACGAGGUAUGUGAUCUGAUUGUGGUCCGGUCGCGUGUGCUCGUGUGUUUCUCUGACUCGUCUGAUACACAUCCGAUUCUAUUCGCCUGCUUCAUAUGCCUGCUCACCGUAUUAAUAACCGCCGAUAAAGUUAUGGUAACCACGAGUCGUCUGUCUGAAAUGGAGGCCCAGGAUUUGGUCAAUAGCAAUAGCAAUCCUCCAGGGUCGUGA